AUGAGUGAUAAAGAGGCAUCAGGCUUAGGUUCUGAUUUAGCAAAAUGCACUAAUCUCUCAAGUUUGACACUUGAUCUUUUUUACAAUUAUAUUGGCGAUGAAGGUUCAUCAGGUUUGAGUUAUGGUUUGGCAAAGUGCAUUAAUCUCUCAAAUUUGUCACUUUGUCUUACUGAAAAUUAAAUUGGUGCAAUCGGUGCAUCAAGCUUAGGUUCUGCUUUAGCAUAGUGCGUUAAUCUCUAAAACUUGAUAAUUGAUCUUAAUUUAAAUAAAAUUGGCGAUGAAGGUUCAUCAAGCUUAAGUUUUGGUUUAGCAUAGAACACAAGUCUCUCAAAUUUGACACUAAAGCUUAAUAAAAAUUAAAUUGGUGAUAAAGGUGUAUCAGAAUUAGGUUUUAAUUUAGGAAAGUGCACUAAUCUCUCAAAUAUUACACUUUAUCUUAAUUCCAAUAAAAUUGGCAAAAUUGGUGUAUAAGGCUUAGGUUUUGGCUUAUCAAAGUGCAUUAAUCUCUCAAAUUUAACACUUGAUCUUAUUAAAAAUUAAAUUCCUGAUGAAGGUGCAUUAGGAUUAGGUUUAGCUUUAGCAAAGUGCACUAAUCUUUCAAUUUUGACACUUUUUCUUAAUUCGAAUGAAAUUGGUGGUGAAGGUGCAUCAGGCUUAAGUUUUAAUUUAGCAAAGUGUACUAAUCUCUCUAGUUUGAAACUUAAUAUUAGUGAAAAUUAAAUUGGUGAUGAAGGUACAUCAAAUUUAGGUUUAGAUUUAGCAAAGUGCACUAAACUCUCAAAUUUGACACUUUAUCUGAGUGAAAAUAGAAUUGGUGCAACUGGUGCAUUAUGCUUAGGUUACGGUUUAUCAAAUAGCACUAAUCUCUCAAAUUUGACACUUAAAUUAAAUUACAAUGAAAUAGGCAAUCAAGGUACAUCAGGUUUAUGCUCUGGAUUAGCAAAGUGCACUAAUCUCUUAAAUUUGACACUUUCUAUGAGUAAAUAUUAAAUCAAUAAAUCAUAACAAUUAAGAGUAAAAAGCAUAUGCCUUAAAUCAUUAAGAUUAGUUGACUUCAUAAUACUUUUCUUAUGA